GUAGAUCCGUAGCACUUCGUAGGCCGCGCGGCCUACGCACGCCUACGCUGGGCGCGGCGUGCUGUAGACCAACCUCUACGCUGGUAUAUAACGGACCACACUGGCUCGCCUGGCCCAUUCCGGGUUGAACCACUUAGCGCGCACGACGCGUCUAUCGGUGCAGUGUCAGUGACUUACUCGACUUCAGUCAUGAAUACGACGGUGUACCUCGCGCUGGUGGUGGCAGCUUGUCUCUGCAGCACGGAAGGCGCUCCAGAGGUUCGCCUGACGAGGAAACAGCAGCGACCUACCCGCGGAUUCAAGAACUUGGAGAUGAUGACCGCCAGGGGGUUUGGGAAACGGGCCGAACGCGACGUCGACAGCCAAACUCCUUCGGAACGCACGAAUCGCGGUACGCCUACAUUUAAGAGUCCUUCCGUCGGAAUUGCAAGAGAUUUCGGCAAAAGGACGUCUGAAUUGGAUUCGGAAGAAGAAGAAAUUAGGGUGACCAGAGGAACGUUUAAACCCAAUGCCAAUGUACUCAUUGCCAGGGGAUAUGGCAAACGACAAGAGGCUGCCAAAAGUGAAGUUUAUGGCAUGGACAACUUCUGGGAAAAUCUGGAGGCUGCACAAGAAAAAGAUGGACAGGACGCCGAUCAGAAAACUUUGCAAAGUAUUCCACUGGACUGGUUUGUCAACGAGAUGGUCAACAAUCCAGACUUCGCUCGAUCAGUCGUUCGCAAGUUCAUUGACCUCAAUCAGGACGGUAUGCUGUCAUCGGAAGAACUCCUAAGGAACGUUUAAGCUGCUAAAUUAAUUCUAGUUAAUACUCGAGCAUGUUUCAAAUCGGUUAUACUAUUCUACGUAUAUUUUUAUAUAUAUAACAAUUUAUUUACUGAGUUAUAACUACGUUUGUAACUUACGGUACUGUGAUAAUCAUAUUUAAUUAUGUUCUUGAGAUUAUUAUUUAUGUUAUCUAAGUAUAUAAAAAAAAUGGAAAUUAUUUUAUUUUGUUUCGACAUGGAAAUUAUUUUUAUUAUAGUUGUUGCUCUAAAAAACUUGUAUAUAGAUUUUAUUAUUAUGAUGCAUUUAACGUCGGGGAACUUACGGGUGACGCCCUUAGACCUCCUUAAUCCGGCCCUGUCGUAAAAUCCGUUCUUAGCGGACGUUAGCGGACUGCCAAAUUUUUCUUUAUACGUCAAGCGGAUUUCUAGAUUUCGUGAUGAGUGAAUUUUUGCUUUUAUAUAAUUAAACUAAUAGUUCGUCAUGCAUUGUGCUUUUGGAAGUAUAAGGUUAUAUUAUGUUAAAGCAAAGUAAUACAUAUUAUAAUGAAAAUUUCUCUUGAUAGCUCCACAGAGUCACACACAAAGCUGAAAGAUCCUGGACUAUUAUUGUGAUCUUAGGCAUUUUUUACAACUAAUUGUCAUAUUUAAAGGUAAUGUUUGUUUUUGUGUACAUUGCCCGUACAACCUCUCAAUAAGAUUUAAUUAAUGUUAGGCUACAGUAAAACACUCACCGAGAAGUUAACUGCAUCAUAUAAAUUGUCCAUAGGAUAUAGACAUUCUUGGUAUCUUAUAGUUUGUUUAGAUAUAUCAUAGUCAGGGCCAGUGUUCGUGACCUGUAGCACUAUUGACUGACACAUAUAACUGACUUCAAAAAAGGAGGAGGUUAUCAAUUCGUCGGAAUCUUCUUUUUAUAUGUAUGUUCACUGAUUAUAACGAUGUUUUUUUAAAUUCAAUACUGUGAGUUUCAAAUUCGUUUUUAUCUAUUUCUAUAAAAAGUAUCGUUUUAAACAGAGAGAGGAAUACCAAUUCGAGGCUCAAACCAUUGAGUUAAAGAAUCGUUACAGAAUAGUGCUGCUGAGUACAAGAACAAAACAAUUCAUGCUUUUUUCGAAACCCUGCCUAUGAUAUAUCUACAUAUACCGUAAUAUAGACUUAUGGUUAAUUUACAUUCUACUGUUAAUUAUUUUAACAAAAUUCUAUAAAAGUACAUUUUAUUAUGAAACGAUAUAGACUUAGUUAUUAAUUUAUAUCUGUUUGCUCUCCUGUCAAAGAGAAAGCUUUGAUUUAACUUUUCCGUCUGUGCUCAUAUUUUUCCUUAUAUUUAGAUUAUCAUUUGUUAUAUUAUCUUUUUAUUUAUUUAGAUGUAACAAAGGGAAGUCUUUGAUUGUUAUAUUAUAAAUAAUGUUUAUUUCACUGAGUUAUUUGAAAGAUUUGCGCCCCUUUCAUAAGUCGAGUAUUCCGGCUAGGUCCCAAAAGACUUCCAGGACUUCUGCAUAUUUUUAGUAGAUUGAUUGAGCCACAAUGAUUUGAUAAAAUAGUUAUUUAAUUAUGGCCACAAUAAUUUACUAAAAUAAUCACUAAAUUGUUAUGGCCUAUUAUAUCUAUUUAAAGACGUGUGCCAUAGCGGAGACCCUUACCUGAGUUUACCUGUCGUAAUCUCAGACCAAUUAUUGUAUAGGACCUGCCUCGCUAUACGUUACUUUUCUGUCAAAGUAUAUGAUCAACGAUCUAAUGCGAUUAUAAAAACUGUUUCUAUAUAAUUGAUGUUAAAUAGUUGUAAUCGUGUUCGUCGGUUAAAUAGCUCCGUAAAAAUACCUUUCUGUGUAAUUGAUUGGUGUAAAAAACAGGCAAAAACUUCUAAUUUAGUAUAAGAUAUAUACCAAAUCUAAGCUCGUUUUCUUCAGAAAAUGACAGACAAUUUUGUUUGUGACUAUGAGUGCGAUACAGGUCCUUCGAUAAUUGGUCUGAGGUCGUAAUGCUUUAGUAUUAGAGCUGUUAUACUAUAUUAGUUAGGCUGGGUCACGUAUUCUGAGUCAAUUUAUAAAAAAAAAUAUAGUCUAGUUUCAACUCUACAUACAUACAUGUACAAAUCUCAGAAUCGAUUAUAAGAUUAUUGUCAAAUAUUCAUAUAAAUGAAUGUAUGAAUGUAUACCCACACAUAGUUCAUUGUUAUUUAUCAUCGUCGAAUUUACGAAUGAAAUAAAUUGGGU